AUGCAGGAACUUGCAGGCUUUCUAGCCCAUUUGGCUUUCUUGCUCAGCAUUGUCCUCUCAGGAUAUGAAGAACGAGCUGCUGCAGCAGGAUACUUUAGUGGUCUCGGCAUCUGCUAUGCCCCCUAUACGGACGGCGGUCAAUGUAAACCACAGCAGGAAAUCGACGCUGAUUUUGCAAAGCUUAAAAAGUACCAAACGAUCCGGAUAUAUGGUGUCGACUGCAACCAGGUUAAGAUGGUCUUGAACACGGCAAAGAAAAACAAUUCCAAAGUUUUUGCUGGCAUCUUCAACCUGAAGAACUUUGAUGGUGACCUCAAAUCACUGAUCAGCCAAGCAAAGGAUUCCUGGUCCAAUGUCGCCGCUAUUAAUAUCGGGAAUGAGUUGGUGAACAGGGGACUUAACUCACCAGACCAAGUUGCCGACGCUGUCAAAAAAGCACGUGAUAUUCUUCGUGGCGCAGGCUACCAAGGGCCUGUGGUUACUGUCGACACAUCUGGCAUGCUGAUCAAAUAUCCCAAACUCUGCCAUGCAUCGGAUUUCUGUGCUGCAAACGCCCAUGCCUUUUUUUCAAGCCAGACAAAGGCACAAGAUGCAGGCAAAUUUGCACGUAAUGAAGCUGAUGCAGUUUCUAAGGCAGCAGGUGGUAAAUUCACUGUUAUCACAGAGUCUGGAUGGCCAUCUUCUGGACAACCAAACGGCGUGGCGGUCCCAUCUCCUCAAAACCAAAAUGCAGCAAUUGAGAGCCUGAAAAAUAGCUUCAAAGACAGGGAUGGUCAGCUUUUCCUAUUCUCUGCCUUUGAUGACAAAUGGAAGCAAGACUUUGAUGGUUCCUUUGGAGGAGAGAAGUUCUGGGGCAUUGAAGAGUAA